CCCCCGCGCAGCACCACUGGGGCGAGCCGGCUGCGAUGGGAGUGGACGGGACAAGUUGCGCCGUGCGAGUUCAGCGGUGAGUCGCGGCCGGGGAUCGUUUCGCCAGUCGACCUUCGGGAGCGAUGGCAGCCGGUGUUUGUGGAGCUGUGCCAUAGGAGAGGUCCUUGACCCAGCCAACCACAGUGACCACUGUGCUCCUCCUGACUCAGGGAUAUCAUGGGACCCCUUUCAGUUCACCUCUCCCCACUCCUCCUCCUCCUCUCGCUGCUCCUUGUGUGCUCCUGUGGCACUUCCUUUAGGGCACAGGUCGUGGAGCGGGCGUCUGGCCCCGAGCAGCUUCAACCCAUGGUCAACUCUACAGGGUCUGGAAAGCGGACGUGUUCUGGCGUUGUAGUGUGUAGACCUGGUAUCCUGCUGCCAGUGUGGCUGCCGCUCAACCCUCCACUGGGAGAGCAGGCAGGGAGGGCUGUCAUCUACUUCCUCUGUCUCAUGUACUUGUUCCUGGGUGUGUCCAUCAUCGCAGACCGCUUCAUGGCAUCUAUAGAGGUCAUCACAUCUCAGGAGAAGGAGGUGACCAUCACCAAACCUAACGGUGAAACGACAGUAACUACAGUGAGAAUCUGGAAUGAGACGGUGUCCAACCUCACACUCAUGGCCCUCGGCUCCUCUGCCCCUGAGAUCUUGCUUUCUGUUAUUGAGGUGUGUGGGCACAACUUUAAUGCCGGGGAGCUCGGUCCUGGUACCAUAGUGGGCAGCGCUGCCUUCAAUAUGUUUGUGAUUAUUGGUCUGUGUGUGUGGGUGAUCCCUGACGGAGAGUCUCGCAAGAUCAAACACCUGCGUGUGUUUUUUAUUACGUCUUUCUGGAGUAUUUUUGCCUAUGUUUGGCUCUACCUCAUACUGGCUGUCAUCUCACCUGGGAUUGUAGAGGUGUGGGAGGCCGCAGUGACGCUGCUUUACUUUCCGGUGUGUGUGAUCUUGGCCUGGAUCGCUGACCGUCGCAUGCUCUUCUACAAAUACAUGCACAAGCGUUACCGUGCUGACAAGCGACAUGGCAUUGUGGUGGAAAUGGAGGGUGACCUUGCUCCCAAAGGCAUUGAUAUGAUCAUGGAUGGAAAGUUGUCAGACUGCAGUCCGUGCCCUGGAAACUCCUCCAGUGUGACAGUCUCUGUGCAGACAGGCGAUGAACUAGACCAGAACAAAGAUGAGGUGGUUCACAUCCUUAAAGACCUGAAGGACAAACAUCCAGACAAAGACCUGGACCAGCUGAUUGAGAUGGCUAACUACUCUGCCCUGGUCCACAAGAAGAAGAGCCGCGCCUUCUACCGUGUCCAGGUGACACGCAUGAUGAUUGGUGCUGGUAACAUAUUAAGGAAACAUGCAGCUGAGCAUGCACGCCACUCAGGAGGCCAGGAAAUGGACAAGGCCACAUGCUCGCACAUUUGCUUUGAAAGUGCCCAGUACCAGUGCACCGAGAACUGUGGCUCUCUGAGCCUCGGGGUGAUCCUGGAUGGAGGCACAGGUCAAAACACAUUCUAUGUGGACUACUGUACAGAAAAUGGCUCUGCUAAUGCUGGGGCAGACUACGAAUUCACUGAGGGAACCCUUGUGUUUAAGCCUGGGGAGACCCGUAAAGAGAUCAAGGUUGGUAUCUUGGACGAUGACAUCUUUGAGGAGGAUGAGCAUUUCUUUGUGCGUCUUCAGAAAUUGAGAAUACAAGAAAGUGGAAAUGAAGGGACAGGAACUCCACCCAAGGGUAGACUAGUUGAGCCACUGAUUGCCACCAUCACAAUCUUGGAUGACGACCAUGCCGGCAUCUUCACCUUUGGUCAACAAGUGCUCCGGGUGAGUGAGAGCACAGGCACACUGACAUUGACAGUGGUGAGGAACUCGGGCUCCAGGGGCACCGUAGCUGUGCCAUACCAUACAGAGGAUGGCAGUGCCAAGGCUGGGGUGGACUAUGACGAGACCAGAGGGGAGCUUGAAUUCACCAAUGAACAGACCAGUCAGACCCUACAAGUGCGCAUCAUAAAUGUGGAAGAAUAUGAGAAGCAGGAAAACUUCUUCAUUGUGCUUGAGGACCCCAAAUGGCUGAAGCGAGGACUCUCUGCAUUGCUGCUAAACCAAGGGAACCCCUGCCCUGAGGAAGAGGAGGCCAGAAGGAUCUCUGAGAUGGGCAAACCCAUUCUAGGAGAGCACAGCAGACUGGAGGUUAUUAUAGAGGAGUCCUGUGAGUUCAAGAGCACCGUGGACAAACUCCUGAAGGACACAAAUCUGGCUGUAUUGAUUGGCACGCAUUCUUGGAAAGAGCAGUUCAUUGAUGCAGUCACAGUCAGUGCAGGUGAUGAAGAGGAGGGACAAGAGCAGCGAAUGCCGAACUGCUUCGACUAUUUCGUGCACAUAUUGUGCAUUUUUUGGAAGGUUUUGUUUGCUUGUGUCCCGCCCACGGAGUACUGGAAUGGCUGGGCAUGCUUUAUAGUGUCAAUCUCUGUCAUUGGUGUCUUAACUGCCGUCAUUGGAGACAUAGCCUCCCAUUUUGGCUGCACCGUGGGCCUGCGAGAUGCUGUCACUGCAGUGGUCUUUGUGGCACUGGGGACUUCACUUCCUGAUACCUUUGCUAGUAAAUUGGCUGCUACUCAGGACCAGUAUGCAGAUGCAUGUGUGGGAAAUGUGACAGGAAGCAAUGCAGUGAAUGUGUUUUUGGGUAUUGGAGUGGCCUGGUCCGUGGCUGCUGUAUAUUGGAAAGUCAAAGGUAAGGUCUUCCGUGUGGACCCUGGCUCGCUGGCCUUCUCCGUCACACUCUUCACCAUUUUUGCCUUCUUCAGUAUGGGAGUAUUGAUGUUACGCCGGAGGCCGUCCAUUGGCGGCGAACUGGGAGGCCCGCGGAUCCCCAAAAUCCUCACCUCACUGCUUUUCUUUGGACUCUGGUUUCUCUACAUCCUCUUCUCCAGCUUGGAGGCCUAUUGCCAUAUACAAGGCUUCUGAGAGAUCACAUUGUGGAGUAAUGACUUCACACUCACAGACACCCACAUCACCAAGACAUUGACCUGGUCAGUACUAUUACAGCAACUACAACCGAAUAGACCUGUAACCACUUGACAGCUACUGCCAUGGUUCAAGUACAAACAAACACUGGACAUGUAAAUCUAUUUCAUGGUGUAUCAUCCACUGCAUGACAGUUAAAUGGAUCAUAUUUAUAAAGCACUUUUCCAAUCCUAUUGAACACUCAAAGCGCCUUACAGCACAAGUCACAUUCACCCAUUCACACACAUUCAUACAGCACUCCUAUUUACCACCCUUUUUUGUCAUAUUCAUAUACAUUCAUACACUGCUGGAAGAGCUGCCGGAGGCAAUUUAUGGUUAGUAUUGCCCAAGGACACAUGGACAUGCGGACUGGGGGAAGCUGGGAUCGGACUGCUGACCUUCGGGUUGGUGGACGACCGACUCCACCUCCUGACCCACAGGAGUCAUUAAUUGUGACAGAACUGAUAAUUUUCCCUUAAGUGGACUAAAUAACAUGCAAUGACCGUAUUUGAUAAAGGAGAGCAAAUGGUCAGCAAUUCUGUGAAGUCAAAGGAUUUUGCUUCAUCCUGGCAGUAACCUGGACUUCGCCUUCUCAUCAUUCUUUUUAGAGGCUGGAUCUAUAGAAAAGGCCCAGUAAUUAAAUGAGAAAAAUAAUGACAGCUUCUUUUACAGGGAGGAGCAGUGUUAAGUGAUACUAAAGGACAAGCUCCUCUGAUAUAGGGUAUGAAAAUCAUGGUUGAACACCACUCUGCUUUGCGUGAAUGGCAGUGGAGCUGUCAUUGUGUAUCAUCAUAUUUAUACCAUGGCCACUUGUCACAGGCAAAAAAAGAGGCUGUGUAAGCUGUCUUCCUUUUAUUAAAGUGUGUUUAUUUGUCAGUAAACAUGGACCUGAGCAUGAUUCAUCCAUGAUUAAGUGAGUUCAGUUAAUUGGAAAUAUAACUCUGAACAGAAGUAUCGUUGUGAUGGCUACCUCCAGUUUUUGGGCACAGAUUUAGAACAAUAGUUAAACUGUUGUUGGGAACUGUUUGAGUUUUCCUGGUGUAUGAGUUUGAAUCGAACCCUGCCAGCCAAUCAGAAACAAACAGAUAAUAAUAAACUUCUGUGGCCAUGGCAUAAAAAAACUGAGCAGUUUGGUUACAAUCAACAGGUUGGGGAAUAAGACUUUGUGAAAUGUCUCUCACUAGUAAAUUUUGUUUCUCUGAGUUAUGUGACAAGAAACUGUGUAAUGUACUGCACCCACUGAGUUGGUCUCACAAUGAAUAUUGAUAAAAAAAAAGAGAUCAUAAAUGCACUACAUGAUCUCAAUAUCAAAAUAAAUAAUUGACAAGGAAUUACACUGACAAUGAAUUUCUAAUAAGCUGUGGAAUGAAAAAAAAGUUUGAAAGUGUUGACACAUACACUCCAGAAGUCUUCAGUGUUUAUUUAUCAAUUGUGAAUUUUAAUGUCUUCAUAAUUUACUGUAUUUGAGCUCAUAUGAACAAAAAUAUAUUAUUGUAAUUGUCAAUUACAUUGAAAUUUUAACUGA